AUGCUGGACUGUCCGGAGAGUGGGGCCAAAGGAGCCCCCAUCCACACGAAGAUCUCCUUCUCCAUCCUAGACAUCCUGGAUCCUCAGAAAUUUACCAGGAAGAGCAACCCAGCAGCAGGGAGAAGGGAGAGCUUCCCCCACGCGGGGCAGCGGGAGAAAAGUUUGGGAAGAGUUGACGCGGAAAGGCACCCGAGCAGCAGGAGGAAUAAACUAGAGGCAUAUCAUGAUGGCAGCAGCAGCGCAGAGAGCGAAGCGGCCGCCCUGGAGGCACCGGAGCACGAGGAGCCGGGCCGGGACGGCGGCCGCUUGGCAACGGGCCCCGCGCCGCUCCAUUCGCCCGACUUCCCUCCCUCCUCGUCGUCGGACCUGGACGAUCCCGGCUCGCCUCUGCCACCUCCGUCGUCCAAGAGGCGCAGAGCGGAGCCCAGCUGCGCCAAGCCUCGCCGGGCCCGAACGGCCUUCACUUACGAGCAGCUGGUGGCUCUGGAGAACAAGUUCCGAGCCACGCGGUACCUAUCGGUGUGCGAGCGCCUCAACCUGGCCCUGUCGCUCAGCCUGACCGAGACGCAGGUCAAAAUCUGGUUCCAGAACCGAAGGACCAAAUGGAAGAAACAGAACUCCGGAGGCGACGGCGCUGCGCAGCCUGGGAACAGCGCCUUGCCCGCGGGAGGAGAUGGCAGCCCCAGUCCGCCAGGCCCCAGCAGCCUGGCCUACCAGACUUUCCCCUCGUACGCCUCGGCCAACGUCCUCUUCCCCGGGGCAGCUCCCCUUCCUCUGGCUGCAGGAGGGGGACCCUUUCCCUCCUUUUUUAGCCCCACGUACCUGGCCCCCUUUUAUACCCCUCACCUAUAA